AUGGCCACAGCAAUCUACCCCCCCGUAUCACCCGCCGAGCUCCUCCAGCAGGAGGGCAUCUCCGCCUCCAACGAACUCAACUGGCUCCUCACCACCCUCCCCGAAACCCUCGCCUCCCUCCGCCACGGCCUGCACAGCAGCGCCACCCUCCUCUCCCCGCACACAACCUCCACCCUCGCGCUCACCUCCCCGCGCAGCGAGGCCCUCAAAGGCUUCGUCACGCGCUGCGGCCCCACAAUCACAAAGGGCGACAUCACCGCCAAGCUCCUCGGCCUCCCGCCCAAACACAAGCUCACCCUCUGCCGCGACCUGCGCCUCGACCAGCUCACCGACGUCAAGAACCACGUGCGCGAGUGCCUGGCCCUGCUCGGCCCCGAGGGCGCCGAGGCCGCGUGGCUCGGGCAAGGCCGCGCAGACGCCGCGAGGGCGCUCGAGAAGCUGCGGGUGCUGCGCGCCGGGAUUGCGGCGGCGCGCGCGGCGCUCAAGGGCGCGGGGCCGGCGGCGAUGUUUCCGUGUCGUGCGGUGGACCCGAGGAUGUUUGAUCCGCCGCUGCCGCCGCUGCUGGCGUUCGACCUGUACAUCACCGAGGCGGCACUGACGGCGGAGCUGCGCACGCUGGAGCCUGUUUCGGUCGGCGGUGACGGUGGUGGUGGCGGUGGCGGCGGCGGCGGCGCGGUGGGCGGCGGGGGGUUCGGGUUUGGGCAGCGGUUUGCGGCGGCGGUGGGCCUGCGCGGGGGCGUGGGGGCGCACGGGGAGGGCGAGGGCGCGGAGGUCUUUGUGUAUCGCGGCGCGAGCGUGCGCGUGAGGGAGAGGGUCAAGGUCGAGAGCCAGGACCCGAAUUUGAUGGCGGUGUGGGCCAAGCUGGGCGGGGUGGAGCAUGCGCUGGUGGGCGCGAUAAAGAGUUUGGAGAUGGUGGCGGGGGCGGCGGGCGUGGUGGUGGUUGUGUAG